AUGGGCUGCUUUUGGGGAGUAGAGCGCCUGUUCUGGAUACAGAACGGUGUCUUCUCGACACAGGUAGGAUAUGCAGGAGGGUACACGCAAAAUCCCACAUAUAAGGAAGUGUGUACAGGUCUCACUGCACAUAUCGAGGUUGUCCGGAUUGUAUUUGACCCUAAAGUUAUAACAUACAAAGACCUGCUGACGUUGUUUUGGGAGAACCACAACCCAACUCAAGGAAUGAAGCAAGGACAGGAUGUCGGCAGUCAGUACCGCUCAGUGAUUUUCACCUAUGGAGAUCAACAGAGAGAAGCAGCUCUUUUAUCAAAGGAGAACUUCCAAAAGGAGCUGAACCGCGUCAGCCAGGGCACCAUCGCCACAGAGAUCCGUCCAGCUCCGGAGUUUUAUUAUGCAGAGGAUUAUCACCAGCAAUAUCUACACAAAAACCCAGAUGGCUACUGUGGCUUGAAGGGGACCGGUGUCAGCUGCAUUCUCUAG